GGUGGCAGUGCUGAUUUCACAGAUCCCGGAUCCUCCGAUCGCAAGUGGGUCUGUAAGACUAUACUUUUGCUAAAAAUAUAGUUUUGCUGGAAACCUACUAUAACAGUUUAUCAUACAUUAGACUACUCAUUCGAUCUAUAGGCUGUCAGAGAUACUUUCAGCUUCUUUCCAGCAUUUUUAAAAGGAACACCCAGUAGUUUUGGUGUCGUUUACGUAUUCGACCAUCUCAACGUGAAACAGGCUAAACGACUGGAAUGAAUACAUGCAUGGACUGCGUGCGAUAGAAUCAUCGAUUCUCGCCCGACACGACUGUAAAAGACAUGGAUGCUGAAAACGGAGAGUUAUUUUUCCGGAUCAAGGAGGAAGAUGGUGUGUCUGAGGGAGAUCUUCACAGCGGUCCUCUCUCGGGCAGUCAUGCUCUUUGGUCCUCACAAAGUGUUCUCAAUGACAGUGAGACUGAGGACGUUCUUCAUGCCAUGAACCCAAAUGACAUGUACACCUCUGGGCUUCUCCAGGAGGCCCUCUCAGACAGUGACAGUGACAUGUCUGAGGAUCUGCAGUGUGAUAGUCCCUUGGGAUCAAUAAAGGCUUCCCAGGACCUGUCUGUUCCCACAGUCUAUCAGGUGGUCUAUGACAUCAGUGCCAUAAGUGGCAUGAAGACUGAACCAGAGCAUCACAAUGUGGAUGUGAUAUCCAUACAGCUUGAUGAGUGGAGCUCUCAGAUGCUGCUGUCAGACUCCUGUAUUGUGAACGAGCUGCCUCUUGUUGCUGCGGGGAAAGUCGAGACUGUUCACCCCUCAAGUUAUGGUUCCGGUGAGGUCAACCACUCAGAGACUUCACUGGAUUAUCCAGACCUACAUCUAACUGAAGAAGAACAGAAGCUUCUGACACAGGAGGGGAUCGCCCUACCUAACAAUCUCCCUCUCACAAAGUCAGAGGAGAGGAUUCUGAAAAAAGUAAGACGCAAAAUCCGCAACAAACAGUCAGCUCAAGACAGCCGGCGCAGGAAGAAAGAGUAUAUUGAUGGGCUUGAAAGCAGAGUGGCUGCUUGCUCAGCCCAGAACAAGGAGUUACAGAGGACUGUGGUUCAACUGGAGAAACACAACAUCUCCCUUUUGGCUCAGCUGCGAAAGCUUCAGAGUUUGAUCAAGCAGACCGCCACCAAAGCAGCACAGACCAGCACAUGCAUCAUGAUUUUCCUUUUCUCCCUGGUUCUCAUAAUCUUUCCGAGUUAUAGCCCUUUCAGUAGGGGCUCCUCAGCCGUAGCAGAGGGCUAUGCUCCCGUUGGAGUCAUUUCCAGAAACAUCCUCACUGAUCCUGCCGCGUCCUUGCAAAUCUCCGAGGACACUGUCAACACGGUGGUCUCUCCAGACAGUGUGCCUUUUCCCCCAGACCUCAGUCAGUCUGACCCACCAGAACUGACCCUGUCAAGGCUGCAGCAAUCUCCAGAGACUCCUGAUACGGAUGCUAGUGAGGCGUUGACCUUAGAAGGGAGCCAGCUUGGGAACAGCUCGGGUCUGACUGACACAAGGAGAACAGACCAAGUGGACCUGGGGGUGAUUCAGUCGGCCAAACCAGGAAGUGCAAACAUUGAUCCAACUAAACCAGUCCAUGCAGAUGAGAUGUGACCAGUCAUGUUUUCAUUAUUUAUUUUUCCCCUUUAAUUUAUGGUUCAUUAUCAACACCACCUUUCCCAGAUGUUCUUGGCAGUACCUGUGCUUCACCUUCAAGUAAUGUCUUUAUGUAUUUCCUUCAAGAAAUAUCUUCAUUAGGAAAUACAUCUUAAUUAAUCCCAGCUUUCUUGAAGUGGCUAGGACAUCUGUGUUUUGUUUUAUUUGUGGUUUUGCUUCCGUUUAUUAUGCACUUCAAAGAGAUGUAUUCAGAGAAUACUGAUAAAGAGAACAUGAUGUGUUUUGUCUUUACAUUUUAGAAGAUUCAGACUUGCAGGUAUCCCAAGUUGGUUAGGAUACUUGCAAUUUUCUCGUUUUGAUUUUCUUUCUGUUAUGAAGUGCUUCAGGAUGCAGAUGUGGAGGAGAUUGUUAAAGCCAGAUUCUCUUGAAUCUGUCUUUUCUAAUAUCUGUAAACCCAGGCCUUAUCAAGGAUAAAUGCCUUUUUUGAAUUGUGAUUUUAGUUUAUUCUGUAUUAAAGUUAUACAUAACUUUAGUUAUAACAGUUUUACUGGAUUCAGAAUUCAGUAAUUGAGGGAAAUGUUUGAUGGUACCAACUGCUUUUUACAUAACUGUUUUUAAAUGCAAAUUGUCAUUGUCUCUCCCGCUUAUUUCAACUGUUUGGCACAACCAGGCUAGUCACUACUUACCAGGGGGGGUAUUCCAAGACUAACCAAGAUAAGUGAACUUGGAGUAGGUGGUAAACCUCCUAAUAGAAGAGCCCUAUGGUUUUGUUUUCCUAUCAAAACAAAGCUAUAGGGCUCUUCUUUUAGGAGGGUUUACUACUUCCUCUGAGUUGACUUAUCUGGGUUAAUCGCUAACUCACUCACUUGGAAUACCCCCCUGGUGUAAGCAGGCAUACUUUCACUAAACAAAGACUGAGGGGUGGGACAGGCAGGUAGAGCCAGGCUGUCAUUGCAGUUCAAGCCUGAAAACUCUGCCACCAGUUCGGCUUAAAUGUUUGUAGAUCUGCAAGGAAGACGUAUAUGAAUUGUGUCCCGAAACACCAAUCAAAGGGAAAUAAAGCAUUUUUUUCACAA